AUGCCUGAAUCCAUCCCUAUCGCGACAACCACAGAUGAUGUUCCUCCAGGCGAGGACACGGGCUCAUCUCCCAAGUCGCCGAAAUCCCAAUUCAGUAAACAUAUUCUGUUGACCACUUAUCCCGGCCAAAACGGUGUCGACCCCGUACUGCUACAAUGGGGAGCUCCAGACGCCAAGUCCCGUGGCCCCAUCGUAGCUUCACGACACCCAUCUCAAUUGAAACGUCGAAAUGCCAUGGGCGCCCAUGGAGGCAGUUAUAGUAUCUACAACGCCUUGGCCAUUGCCGCUGGCGAUCUGCCAACAGACUUCAAGCCGGAUUUCAACAACACUGAACCAACGUUUGAUUUCCCAGUGCAGCCGGCAUGGAGUGAUCCCAAGAAGAUCGUCUCUCUCGAUCCGUUUGGUCAUGAUAUCGUGAAGCAUUUCAAGAGUUAUCUAGAUGUUGGUUGGGAUUUGCGGCCUUCGAUGGCUAUUACCCGCGCGAACAUGCGAUUGUCCGAGAUUGAGAAGGCUGUUAGUGAGGGUCAGAUCGAAGUCGACGGGUCGAUCGUCGUUGGCAAGAAUGGAGAUGUGCGAGUGACGAAAGUGGCAGUCGAGCCGGUGUGGUAUCUGCCCGGUGUCGCUGAGCGGUUCGGUGUCGACGAAGGCACGCUACGCCGGACGUUGUUCGAACAUACAGGAGGCAGCUAUCCGGAGUUGAUUACACGGCCGGAUCUGAAGGUUUUUCUUCCCCCUAUUGGUGGGUUGACUGUUUACAUUUUUGGUCCUCCGGAGCGAGUGUCGGAUGAGAACGUGAAAUUGGCUCUGCGAAUUCAUGACGAAUGCAAUGGUAGUGAUGUGUUUCAAUCUGAUAUAUGCACAUGUCGACCAUAUCUUGCGUUUGGAAUUCAAGAAGCUAUUAAGGAGGCUCAAAACGGAGGUAGUGGUGUUGUGAUAUAUUUCCGGAAGGAGGGUCGAGCCCUUGGUGAGGUCGUGAAAUAUCUGGUAUAUAAUGCUCGAAAGCGGGGUGGUGACACAGCAGACAAGUAUUUCGAGAGAACUGAGAACAUUGCCGGUGUUCGUGAUAUGCGCUUUCAAGCUCUCAUGCCAGACAUCCUCCACUGGCUCGGUGUAAAAAAGAUUGAUCGUAUGCUAUCCAUGUCCAACAUGAAACACGAUGCCAUCGUUGCUCAAGGCAUCAAGAUUCUCGAACGAAUUCCUAUUCCAGAAGAAAUGAUUCCCCAAGACUCCCGAGUUGAGAUUGACGCCAAAAUCAACGCUGGUUAUUUCACGACGGGCAAGACGUUUACAAUGGAAGAGUUGGCACAGGUCAAGGGACGUGGUUGGGAGAAAUGGGAGGAUGUUACGUCACUCACGACUGUGAACCCUCAAACUCAACCCAAUGAUAUACAUGCCGGGCGCAUCUUCAUUGCAAGUCUGCAUUGGAACAAUGAAGCCAUCCUCCGCGCAGACUGGAAUGAUGCCGUUGUCCAAUUAGUCUCCCACCUGGGAGCCGAGAAUGUGUUCGUCAGCGUCUACGAAAGCGGGAGCUGGGAUGACUCCAAGGGCGCAUUGAGGGACCUCGAUGCUAGGCUUGAUGCCCUCGGUGCGCCGCGGAAUAUCACACUGUCCGAAGUCACGCAUGAAGAUGAGAUUAAUGCGCAGCCGGGUGAGGAAGGAUGGAUCGAGACGUCGAGAGGACGUAGGGAGCUUAGACGGAUUCCGUAUCUGGCGCGGUUGAGGAAUUGGAGUUUGUCGAUCUUGGAGGGUCUGGCGAGGGAGGGUGUGACGUUUGAUACGAUUCUUUUCUUGAAUGAUGUUGUGUUUACGACGCAGGACGUUUUGACGCUACUACAUACCAACGGUGGCUCAUACGCAGCAGCCUGCUCACUGGACUUCUCCAAGCCACCACAGUACUACGAUACAUUCGCAUUGCGCGAUUCCCAAGGCAACGAACCCUUGAUGCAAACAUGGCCCUACUUCCGCUCCUCCGAGUCCCUGAAUGCGCUUCUCUCAAUGGCACCGGUCCCAGUCACCAGCUGCUGGAACGGCAUGGUGGCUAUGCCAACAACUCCUUUCCUAUCUCAAAGCAACCCUUUACGAUUCCGCGGAAUCCCCGAUUCCCUCGCCCUCCACCACCUCGAAGGCUCAGAAUGUUGUCUCAUACACGCCGACAACCCUCUUUCCGCGACACACGGCGUAUUUCUCAACCCCAGGGUCCGGGUUGGCUAUAACCGCGCCGCGUAUGAAGCUGUUCAUCCUGUUCCCGCUCUGGGAGAAUCGUUUGCGUCGCUGGUUUUCGACGCCGGUAUUUUGGAGGACGGGUAUUCAGGGGAGGCUUGA